UGUGUCAAUUGCUUUAAUGGCAAAAAACAUUCAAGUUCGCUUGUCAGGAUUCAUUUGAUUCGAUUUGGAAUGUCAAAAAAUUAUGGGACUUGGAUUUACCAUGGGGAACAAUUUCCAUCGCAUCAACCUAGUGCACCCUACAAUGAUAACCAAGACAAUGGUGAAACUAUUGGUAGUAGACUUGUAGGGCUAUUCCCAGAGAAUGAGGACCAAUUGCCUGAAAUGUUAGAAGAAAUAUUAAUGGCAGGUGUCUUGGAUGAUGAUAUUGACGAACUUCCUUCUACUUUUGAGAGGGAGGAUGUGCGGAACUUUGAUAAGUUGUUUGAGGAUGCACAACGCAAAGUGUUCCCGGGAUGCAAUGGUACUAUAUUGUCGUUUAUUGUCAAGAUGCUUCACACGAAAGUGCAUGGCAUGAUUAGUAACUCUACGUUUGACAUGAUGAUGCAAGUAAUCAAAAGUUUGCUGCCAGUUUAUGAUGAGUUUGUUCCAUGGAACAUACGUGAAGCCAAGAAAUUGUUACGUGAUUUGGGUUUGGGAUAUGAGUGUAUUGAUGUGUGCAAGUAUGAUUGCACACUUUUUUGGAAGGAGAAUGCUGAUUUUGAGAAUUGUCCUAGAUGUACAGAAUCUAGAUACAAGGUGAAUGAUGGAAAGGGUAAGAAAAUUCCUCACAAAGUAUUGAGAUACUUCCCACUAAUACCGAGGUUGAAGAGAUUGUAUGGGUCAAAGAAAACAUCUACUAAUAUGAAAUGGCAUAAGGAGAAACGUGUGGAUGAUGGGGUACUAAGGCAUCUGGCUGAUGGCGAGGAAUGGAAGAAUUUUGAUGUCCGAUAACCUACCUUUGCUGCGGAUCCGCGGAAUGUGAGGCUAGGAUUGGCCACCGAUGGUUUUAACCCUUUUGGAACUAUGAGCACUUCAUAUAGUAUGUGGCCCGUUAUCGUGAUGCCUUACAAUCUCCCUCCUUGGAAGUGUAUGAAAGAACCCUUUUGCAUGAUGUCAUUGCUUAUUCCCGGUCAAUCUGCACCUGGAAGAGACAUCGAUGUGUACUUGCGACCUUUGAUUGAUGAGUUGAAAAAGUUGUGGGAGGAUGGCAUCCAAACUUAUGAUGCCUCUAAUGGGCAAUUUUUUAAGAUGCAUGUAGCUAUCAUGUGGACCAUUAACAAUUUUCCUGCGUAUGCCAACAUGUCUGGCUGGACUACAAAAGGUUAUUUAGCUUGCCCCAUAUGCAAUGAGGAUGCAUCAUCGCAACAUUUGUGGCGUAAGAUAGGCUACAUGGGAGCUCGUCGCUUCUUACCUGAGAACCACUCUUGGAGAAAAAGCAAACUGUUCAAUGGCCAAGUUGAGAAUAGGUCCAGGCCUUUAGAGUUAACAGGGGAAGAAAUAUCGAGGCAAAUAGAAUUAGGAGUGUACAAGCUGCAUGGAAAGCAUCCAAGCAAUAGAAAAAAACAAAGGGAUGAAAAUCCAAUUUUGAAUUGGACAAAGAGAAGCAUCUUGUUUGAACUGCCUUAUUGGAAGACACUCAAACUUCGACAUUGUUUUGAUGUUAUGCAUAUAGAGAAGAAUAUAUUUGACAAUUUGAUUGGAACAUUGCUGGGUGUAGAUGGGAAGAGUAAGGAUACAGAAAAGCACGUAGAGAUUUAGAGGAUAUGAGAAUACGAAAGGAGUUACACCUAAAGAAACGCGCAGAUGGGUCAUUUGAGAAACCCUCAGCGUUGUACACACCGUCCCAAAUCGAGAGGCUGCAGUUUUGUGAAUUCUUAAAAUCGAUCAAGUAUCCUGAUGGCUAUGCCGCAAAUAUCUCGAGUUGUGUUAGUACUGAAGGUGGUAAAUUAACUGGUCUUAAAACUCAUGAUUGCCACGUCCUUCUUCAAAAGCUUCUUCCAAUUGGGAUGCGUGGGUUUCUUAAUAAGGAAAUCAGUACUGCAUUGUUUGAGUUAGGAAAUUUCUUCCAAUAGUUGUGCUCCAAGACAUUAAGGGUAGGGGAUCUCGACAAACUUGAGGAUGACAUCAUACUUGUACUUUGCCAGCUUGAAAAGAUUUUUCCUCCAGCUUUUUUUGAUGUUAUGGUGCACUUGGCUGUUCACUUACCGCGUGAGGCUAAGCUUGGAGGUCCUGUGCAAUAUAGGUGGAUGUACCCAAUUGAAAGGCUACUUGGAGUACUAAAAGGUUUUGUUGGCAAUAAAGCUCGUCCAGAAGGUUCAAUUGCAGAGGCGUAUGUUUCAAAAGAGUGUACAACUUUUUGCUCAAUGUAUCUCGAUGGAAUAGAAACGGUGUUCAACCGAGAUGAAAGGAAUGAUGAUGGAGGUGAGCGUGGCCCUGGUUUAGAUGUAUUUACUCAAAGUGUCCGUCUGUUUGGGCAAAUCCAAAGGGCACUUGAUCCUCCCACCAAGCAACGUGAGAUGGCACAUUGGUUUGCCUUGUACAAUUGCUCCGAAGUCGAACCAUAUCUAGAGGAACACAAGAGCUUGUUAGCUGAUGGAAGUGCUGUAGACAUCGCAAAGAGACAACGCAAAGAAUUUCCAAAGUGGUUCAAAGAACGUAUGAAUAAGUUGCGAAGGCAAGGGUCACCAGAAGCAACCAAUGAGUUGUGGUCAUUGGCCCACGGACCCAGUGCACUAAUAAAGACAUAUUCGGGAUGCAUUUCCAAUGGUGUUCGAUUCCAUACCAACGAGCGUGACAACCGUCAUAGAAGUCAGAAUAGUGGGUUAGUUGUGGAGGGGGACCAUGAAGGCCAUACGAUUAAUUUCUAUGGUUCCUUGACCAAAGUGUGGGAAAUGACUUAUUUAUUUAGACAUCGAGUGGUCUUAUUCGAAUGUGAAUGGUUCAACACUGGUAGUAACAGGACUUGCGGACUGAUCUACAUUCUACAAGUAUUGAUAUAAGAAGUCGAUGGUAUAAAGAUGACUCAUUUGUGUUACCAAGUCAAGUGCAACAAGUAUGUUACAUGAAUGAUACCAAACUAGGUGAGAAUUGGAGAGUUGUGGAGCGGUUCGAACGCCGAGGGAUUUGGAAUGUGCCU